GAAACGCAUGAAAACCAUGUGUUUGAUGUAUUUGAUUCCAUUCCACCGAUUCCGCUCCAGCCAUUAUCAUGAGCGUAUCCUCCCAAAUGAAGGUGCCACCAACCCCCUGUGCUUCAGGAGUAGUCCAGACCGAGCACAAUUCAGGUGGGGGUCCAGUUACUGAAAAAGGUUGAACUAUUGAUCUAGAUAUCUGUGUUGCCUCCCAAUAUUUUCAAACGUUACUGUUGCCUGUGGUCUUUUUUUUCCAGACACUGAAACUUGAAACUUCUGUUUGGCCAACUUCCCUUCUUUGGUAAUCUGGAGCCUCGAGGACAAAAGACUGAUUGAGGACCUUUUUACCGGAGAAUGCGUUGGUUUUCUAUGAUUGUGUGUUGAUGUGAAUAUUUGUCUAUAUUGAUGUAUAUAGUGUGUAUGUAUUUUGACAGGGCUCAUCUGUAAAAGAGAUGACUGCCUGUCAAAAUACAUUUUAUAUAUCCAUCUGUUUUCCACGUAGACCAGUUUUCAGUAAUGAUUGCCCUCAGUCAUUCAGGGUUGUUUAAAAAUAUCAUCUAUAGGGCCUUUUGUAAUGAUAAUUUCAUUCCAGCCUCUUUGACCCAAGAUGUGCUUCUGAGUGUCUCAGAUGUUUACUAACUGGUAUAAACUGAUACUAAAACCACGGUCAGCUGGGAUUCCCAACAACAGGCAAGGCUUGUACAAUUAUCUGGGAGAUCUUAUAUCAGACAUAUAGCAUGACAAGCCACUAAUGAUGACACUACAGAAAUAGCAGAAUUGGUUUACUAGAAACAGAAAAAUGAAAAACGUAUGAGACGGGCGUUCUUGGGAGCAUGACAAAUCAAAAUGUGUCCAUGAAAAGGCUCUGUUUCAAGUUUGUUCACGGUUCCUCGAAACUCAUCAGCAUUUUACAUUACCUUUUGGAAAGAGUUGAUUUUGUUCUCGGUUUUGCAAGUGUUUAUUUGGUCGCGCUGAAACGAUCUCAAGUGCUGCGUAAAAUCAGGCGACGCAGAACAGUCAUUCAUGGCGGCCCUGGUCAUAAAGGGACCAGACAAGCCUGUUCUGGAGAACGAUGAAGUCACCCUGGAAUGUCUGCUUUCUGACUCGGAGCUCAACACCAGCCAAGUCCACUUUGAGAAGUUUUCCAAGUACAUGAAUAAGUGGUAUCGACUGGAGGAGGAGUCCAUGUACCGCCGAUGUAUCCCUGGUGUUAUCUUGAGGCGUGAGGUGAGCCAACUGCUUCUGUCCAUCCGCAGCAUCCACAGCUACUUCCACCAGGGACUCUACCGCUGUGUCGCAGACAACGCCACGGCAACCGACAACUCCUCCCAGCCCCUGGCUAUCACCAUCAACUACAUGCGUGAGCUGUCUGUGUACGAUGUGUCCUCCUCCAGCCGGAAGUUCAUCAAGGAAAACCUGCUUGUGACACGAGGCAAAGACGUAGAGGUGGAGUGCUCCACCACAGCCUCUGAGGCACCACAAUACUUCUGGCAGAAAUAUGGAGAGGACUGGAUUGUGCCCUCCUCCAAGCUGAGGCUGAAGAAUGUGAGGAUGGAGGAUGGUGGAGACUACACCUGCAUGGCUGAGCAUCCCACCCUGUCCAGCCUGAAGAAGAGCAGCACCAUCUCCAUAACUGUGCUGACAGCCACCAACAGCCGUCUCAACCAAGCCUGGUACGACUCCACCAACCUGGUGUUGAUGACCUCCGUGGCGGGGGCGGUUCUCCUGGUGCUCAUCCUGUCUAUCACCGUCUUCCUGGUCCGCAGGGCCAAGCAGGCCAAGGGACCCAUUGAUGACCACUCUCAGAAGAAGCCCAUCUACACAGCCAGUGUUGAGUCUCUGGCCUCUACCGGUGGAGACAAACAACCACUGGUGUGACCGCGCCGAGAGUUGGAGAGGAGAAGUAGAGGAACAAAUGGAGAAAGAUGGUAAAGGGGGCAAGGGAGUGAGGAAUAGGAAGGAGGGUAGAUAUCGAGGUGGGAGGAGAGGUGCCUGGGUAAUGGAUGCAGAGUUGCAGUGAGCCAGGAUGCAGAGUAAAAUCGAAGCUAUUAUCAAAGGCUGGCUGCGUCUAAGAGGAGGGAGACAAAUGAUUGUUUUACUGGGGUGGUUUGCUUCCAGCGGGGUUGGCUGAAGUGUUCUUGAACAAAAGGUGUGCAAUUUUCUCUUUAUUGAUCUCGCAACCUGCAAAAUUGACAUUCACUUUCUUAUCUGAGGCAAGGCGAGGGGGAGGAGUCUUUUGUACUGUGUGAACCCUGAGCAGCUGCAGACCGGUUUCAGGAGGUUACCUUGAGUUAAACUGCUCACCACCACCACUUUUCAGCCUUGGGCUCACAAAACGGAAUGCCUCUUACGUUGCAAAUAUAAUGUGAUGCUGUAUCACAAAUGUGCCUUUUCCCCUCAAUACUUUUACAUGGUGUAGAAUAUUGGUGUGUUUUUUUUCUCAAGGAAAUGUAUAACCUUGUGUAGCAUACUAGUGGUGACGCACUUCAAAGUAUACAGACAAGAUGUACACUUGUAGAUUAUUUUCUAUCUCUAUAUUCCAAUGACAACUGAAGCACUUUCAAACAUUACCCUCAGAGCUGUAUUUCCUGUACGUUUAAUAUUCAUGAUAUAAAGUUCCUUUGAGACAUUCUAAUA